GGAGAUCUGGGCCCUUUCAAUCCUGGUUUGCCAGUGGAGGUGCCUGUGUGGUUGGCCAUUAACCUGAAGCAGAGGCAGAAGUGUCGGCUGAUUCCCCCGGAAUGGAUGGAUGUUGGAAAACUGGAGGAAAUUCGGGAUCAGGAACGCAAAGAGGACACCUUCACUCCCAUGCCCAGUCCCUACUACAUGGAACUCACCAAGCUGCUGCUGAAUUAUGCCUCAGACAACAUUCCCAAGGCUGAUGAGAUCCGGACGCUGGUGAAGGACACGUGGGACACACGCAUGGCCAAGCUGCGGCUCUCCGCGGACAGCUUCGUGCGCCAGCAGGAGGCUCACGCCAAGCUGGACAACUUAACCUUGAUGGAGAUCAACACUGCUGGGACUUUCCUUACCCAAGCGUUGGAUCACAUGUACAAGCUCCGGACCAACCUCCAGCCUGGAGAGAGUGCUCACUCCCAGGAUUUCUGA